AUGUCUACCCUAAUUCGCCAAGCCCAGAGAUCAGCCCGUGGCAAUUGGCCCUGGCGUUGUUCUAAGAUUCCCACGGCACCUUACAAAGCAGCGCUCAACACCACAGCAAGCAGUAGCCAUCGAUCGGGCUGCGCUGGUCUCACUGCGGCCGUGGUAGCUGCCAAGCACGGUCUUCGCACCCUCGUGCUUGAGAAGAGCAACUUUUUCGGGGGAACUACAGCAUUCUCGGGCGGAGGAGCCUGGAUCCCCAAUAAUCUACAUCAGAAGACAAUCGAUGUAACGGAUAGUCGAGAAUCUGCUGAGAAGUAUCUUCGAAACGUUCUCGGGGACCUGUACGACCAUGACAUGAUUGCAUCUUUCCUCCAGAACGCCCCCACCAUGCUACAAUGGAUGCAGACUCAUACACACGUCCGGUUCAAGCCUGUGGCGUUGCCAGACUACCAUGUGGGAAAGGAGGGCGCGAGCGUUGGCCGAACCAUCCUCACACAAGAAUACGACGGACGACAGCUUGGGAGACAAAGAUUGCGGAGCAUCAGAUACACUCUGCAAGGUUAUCAUGCCUUUGGGUCUAUGCAGGCCGACCCUGCCGAGCUGCCAGUUCUGUCAAAUCCGUUCCAGAGCAUAUCUAAUUUAGCGGCAAGCGUGCGCAAGAUCACUAGAUUCAGUCUAGACAUGUUGCUGUACGGCAAAGGGUCCGAAAUGGCAAACGGCAAUGCCCUCGUCGGUCGGUUGGUGAAGAGCUGCGAUGAUGCAGGGGUUGAGCUCCAGGCAAGUUCUCCAGUUACUCGGCUGAAGCGACUAGACGACACGGGCGCUCUCACUGUCGUGACCCAAGACUCGCAGGGCCAUGCCAAAGAGUUUGUGGCGACAAAGGGAGUGAUUCUCGCCAGUGGUGGAUUCGGAAGAUCCAAGGACGCGCGGACGUAUCUUCCCCAUGAGUGGAGUGUGCAGCCAAAAGGAAACGUUGGUGAUGGGCAGCGGAUGGGCAGAGAGGUCGGGGCCGCAAUGCCACCUCCAAGUCCCAAGAACGGUGUCUUUGCUCCAGUGUCCCUUCUGCGGACAAGAAGCGGCCAAGUUCGACGGUAUCCGCACUUCUCCGUCGACCGGACUAAGCCAGGUUCCAUCAUCAUCAACACACACGGGAAGCAGUUCGCCAACGAGGCCGAGCCCUACCAGGAGUUUGUCCAGACCAUGCACGAGCAGGGAAUAGAAAAGGCAUUUCUUGUCGCUGACAGCCGAUUCUUGAGGCGCUAUGGCAUGGGCAUGGCUCUCCCUUGGCCCAUGUCUCCUCGCUCUUUGAUUGCUCAAGGCUAUCUCGUCAAGGCUAGGACACUCCACGAGCUGGCCGAUAAGAUCCAAGUGUCACCUGAGGCACUUCUAGACACUGUGGCUGCAUGUAACGAAAACGCAACUCAGGGUCUCGACCCCGAGUUCGGAAGGGGCCAGUCCUCCUACGAUCUCUUCUACGGCGACAGCUCUGCAGGAUUCCCCAACCCUAGUCUUGGAACCUGUACGCGACCACCCUUCUAUGCUCUGACUCUCUACCCCGGAAGCGUCUGUUCCACCUAUGGUCUGCAGACCAACGUAAAAGCUCAAGUCCUUGACACAUUAAACAAGGUUAUUCCGGGGCUGUAUGCUGUGGGACUGGACGCCAACUCCAUCAUGCGCGGCGAAUACCCUGGAGGAGGAUCGAGUAUUGGUCCAGCUAUGACGUUUGGUUAUAUCGCGGGGAUGAGUUUGGCUGGUAAAUAA